AGCAUGGAUUUCCACAGCAGAGCCCGUCCUUACGCGAUCCCGGAGGAUGGAGAGAUCCCGCGCAAGGUCGCUCCCGAUGCCCGCAGCGCCGCGGGAAGCCAAGGCGAGAGAGCAGUGUCCAAGCUGCAGCGCAGGCACAGCGACAUAAAGGUUUACAAAGAGUUCUGUGACUUUUAUGCAAGAUUCAACAUGGCAAAUGCUCUUGCAAACGCCAUCUGUGAGCGCUGCAGAGGUGGGUUUGCACCCGCGGAGAAGAUAGUGAACAGCAACGGAGAGCUGUACCACGAGCAGUGCUUCGUGUGCGCCCAGUGCUUCCAGCAGUUCCCCGAAGGGCUCUUCUACGAGUUUGAAGGGAGGAAAUACUGCGAACAUGAUUUUCAAAUGCUGUUUGCCCCUUGCUGCCAUCAGUGCGGUGAGUUCAUUAUUGGUCGUGUUAUUAAAGCUAUGAACAAUAGUUGGCAUCCAGAAUGCUUCUGCUGUGAUAUCUGCCAACAAGUAUUGGCAGAUAUUGGAUUUGUCAAGAACGCUGGCAGACAUCUCUGCCGUCCUUGCCACAACCGGGAGAAAGCCAGAGGCCUCGGGAAGUACAUUUGCCAGAAGUGCCAUGCCAUUAUCGACGAACAGCCGCUCAUAUUCAAAAACGAUCCAUAUCACCCCGAUCAUUUCAACUGUGCAAACUGCGGGAAGGAGCUGACUGCCGAUGCUCGUGAGUUGAAGGGAGAGCUGUAUUGUUUGCCCUGCCACGACAAAAUGGGUGUCCCCAUCUGUGGAGCGUGCAGAAGGCCAAUUGAAGGACGCGUGGUGAAUGCCAUGGGCAAGCAGUGGCAUGUGGAGCAUUUUGUUUGUGCAAAAUGUGAAAAGCCAUUCCUGGGUCAUCGUCACUAUGAGAGGAAAGGCUUGGCCUAUUGUGAAACUCACUACAAUCAGCUGUUUGGUGAUGUGUGUUUCCACUGCAAUCGGGUGAUCGAAGGAGACGUUGUGUCUGCUCUGAAUAAGGCCUGGUGUGUGAACUGUUUUGCUUGUUCAACUUGCAACACUAAGUUAACACUCAAGGAUAAGUUUGUUGAAAUUGAUCUAAAACCUGUCUGCAAACACUGUUACGAGAAAAUGCCAGAUGAAUUUAAGCGACGACUUGCCAAACGGGAACGUGAAGCAAAGGAUAAAGAUAAGCAGAAAAAGAAAAAGCCAAUCUGUUUGUAAACUUUUCUUUCCUUCCCGCCAUCACCUCUGCUCUUUUCUUCUUUGGAAUAAAUUCGUUGAGUUUGAUAUGAAGCCUGUCUGCAAGAAAUGCUAUGAGAAAUUUCCUCUAGAACUGAAGAAAAGACUG